UCCUUUAUACUCUUAUCAGUGAAGCAAGUGAAGAAGACUACUGCACAAAGCCGAGGGGACACGGGGAGUGCACAGAACACCUUAAGAAAACGCGAUGUUAGAUGUGAUUGGCAAAGACAUUAUUCUAUCCUUGCUGUCCUGUCGUUCCGGGAUUACAAUGACGUCACACUGAUACCCUUGCAUGGGUGAAUGCUAAAGAACUAUAGAGGCACAAAUAAUAGCACAAGCAGAGUCCAUAUCUUGCAAGUCUUACGUUAUCCUUUAAGCCUUCUUUAGCUAAUACAACAACAAUGUUUGUACUUAAUGACGCUUAAUUUCAUUUUCUUAUCAUUUCCUUCGGGGGAUUAUUCAUAUAUAAAACUAUCUGCAGCUGUUGGUACCAGCCUCAACUCUCCCUCCUAAGUGCAAUCAUCUAUUAUUGAGCGAGAGGCCGUGCGUGGAAAUGUGUGUAAGAAGGUGGAUUUGAAGUAGAAUUGGUUACAAUCGAUCAAGGGUGAAGAAUAUUCCUGAUGUUAACAAAAGAAGCAGCUAUGUCUUUCUCUCAGUUUGGAUAUCCUUACAGUGCAACUUCACAGUUUUUCGUGUCGGCAAACCCCAGUACGACUUGCUGCGAUUCGAUUUCCAGAUCGGUCUCUGACGGGACGAGCGGUACCCAGACUCCUGCUACCUUCUGCUGCCCUUCCUACGAGAACCGGCUCCUGUCCAGCACACGGACAGAGCUCAACGCGGCACUAGGGAUGUAUAGCUCGCCCUACGCUGCCGCGGCCGCCGCCAGCCAGAACUAUGCCAGCUACUUCCCCUACAGCGCCGAGCCUUCCGCUGCUAUCUACUCAUCUCUGAAUCCACAGUAUGAAAUUAAGGAUGGCACAGGCACUCUGCAUUCUGGCAUAAGUCAACCUGCCACCUACUAUCCUUAUGACCACUCCCUGGGCCAGUACCAAUAUGACAGGUAUGGGACUAUGGACUUUAAUGGGUCAGCCAGGAGGAAGAAUGCCACACGUGAGACCACCAGUACCCUGAAGACAUGGCUGUACGAGCACAGGAAAAAUCCCUACCCCACCAAGGGGGAGAAGAUCAUGCUGGCCAUCAUCACCAAAAUGACCCUCACCCAAGUUUCCACCUGGUUCGCCAACGCCAGGAGGAGGCUAAAGAAGGAGAACAAGAUGACCUGGUCUCCAAAGAAUAAGGCUGGGGACGACAGGAAGGACGACCUGGAUAAAAGUGACCAAGACUGUGUUACCAAAGAUUCCAGUGAGUGUAAAGAUGAGAAAGACCUUAAUCUGAGUGACCUGGAGGACAUGGAGGACGAGGACUGUGACAAGCUGGACAGUGACUGUGAGAAGAUGGCCCCCAGGGGCCCCGAGGAACAACAGGACCUCCACAGGGCCAUGUCCGGUGGUGGUGUUGGCCCUGGAGGCCCUCCAAAGAGAGACUGCAGUUCAGAGCUCUCUCUCUCCUUGCCCAACAGCUUCCACCACUCAUUCCCAUGUGGUAUCAGGAGCCUACCCGCCCUGCCCUCUCUACCCGCCAUGCCGUCGGACUUCCUUGAUCCACUGGUGACGUCCAAGCCCCCGUCCACCACCACCACCAUCCCCACGGGCACUCACACUGUGUCCCUGUCACACUUCGAGGUGUCGGACCGGGACAAGCCGAGGAUCUGGUCUCUGGCGCGUACAGCGGCCACGGGGGUCAUCCUGGGCUCUGCUCACCACGGGGCCCCAGAGCUCAGGACAGGGAGCAUGCUGGGAGACUGCCAGCUACAGGGGACCAGGCUACCAGUGACUGGUACCGGACAGUGUGGGCCCCUCAGGGGCCUCCAGGACCCUACUAACAUUUCCAAUGCUGAGAACCCUUUCCAGGAGGGCCCCUUGUUGCAAUCUAAGGUCUAUAGUGCAGGCAGCUACAACCACAAGGCCCUCCAACUGCACUGUUCCUCCUAUCCUGCGCUUUCAGACUCAUGCCAGUACUCCACUAUCGAAGGAUUCUCCAGUCGGAAGGCAGAGACAGAGCCCUCGGAACUCAGUGACACGUGUGUGACCCUGCAGGAUGACAAGGUCACUGCCUUCAGACCUGUGAUGAAGAGGUGAGGAAGGUUGAUGGACACGCAGUCAUUACACAGUGGGACUUUUAUUUAGCCGGUAUUAGGCUAUGCACUAUAAAGACUUGGGAUGACGAGCAUCGGACAUCCUACCUACCUUACAGCUGGGAACCGCGGCGCUCCGCAGUCAAAGCUCGACGAGCCCUGUCCAAACUGUGGAAGCUGCCAUCAUUUUGCACAACGUUGUUUUUAUGGUGUUGACGAUGACUUUAUGCAAGACUUUCAAGUGCAACGGUAUGGGAACUGACGGUCAAUUCAUGAUGUAUGCAAUGGGCAAUCGUAGUGUAGCAAUGCUAUUUAUUUAUUUGUGUAUUUAUUAUUUGAUUCCUCAUCUGUUCAUGUAUUUAUUUCGUAUGUGUCAUUUAAAUAUUUUGUUACAUGUAUGUAUUGUUUCAACUGUGGUUAUGUGCUAUUUUUACCUGAUUUAAGGGAGAACUACUUAGCUUGUUGUUGGUCUUUCUGUUCGCUAAAAGAGUGGGAUUUAUUGAGUUGGAAUCGGAAUUGUCUAUUGUGUGUGUGUCGACCUGGAGAAAUUGUUGAUUGUGGUGUGUUCAUCUCAAAGAUAAUUGUGAGCUUAUUCUGUGUUUGCCAUUCAUGAAAUAUUUUAUAAGAAUGAAUUUUUUAAAGAACUCCUCGUUUUUGUGUAAAUAUUAUUUCCAGAACCUUAACAUUGGUUUAAUCGGCCAAUUAAAACCUUUGAGACUGUUGCACUAGAUCAAAGUUGAUCUUCUUAACGUGGAGAAUAAUAGUGGAACAUUGUUGGAAGGUCAUAAAUCAGUAGAGAACGUGAAUGAACGUUACAAGGCCAGGAAGAAAGGGGACAGCAUCUCUCCAUUGUAAUUAUCCAAUCAGUUCUGGCAUCAAACACUUUGUUACAGUUCAGACAAGCAACGAGGCAGGAAUACGGGAUGAAUGCCGCUUUGUCCGCUGUGUAGGGAGCCGCUGCAAUUACUUACUUGUGUUAAUUAAAAGGUUUGUACUAUCAAACCCAUAAGGGAACAUUCACAUGGUUUGUGUGGGUAAGACUUUGGUUCUACUGUUUUUGCCUGGCCCGUUUCAUUCAUAACUGAUUGAUAUAACACAUGAGUAUUAGCACAAGUAUUAGGCCUGUGAGUAAAACUAAGCAAUUGGUCAUCAUGCGUAAAACUACUAACACGAAAGCACUGGUUUCUUAUUCCUUUCAACUUGAACUUUGAAGUAAGUUAUUUUCAGAAAAUGAUAAGAAAGUUCAUAGCUUAUAUUUUACAUGAUUAUGGGCAUGACAUGUAGUAUCGCAUAGCAUAUUGCUCACUCCACAGUAGAAAACAACAUUGAAACAAAAUGUUGUUGAAAACACUCAAAUGCAAUGCAGAAAUGUGGGCCUAGUCUGAGAUGGAUAUUGUGCAGACUUUAUUAUCAGAGGACCAAAAGAAAAUGCUACCUCAUAAACCAAAAUAACGGUGUGACCUGCUGCGAAUGACCCACAGCUUAGAGGCAUGCAAAUGAAGCCACCAAAAGAUAAACGUUAUUGCAGGUCGGAUUUGGAGGAUUAGAGCUUGUAAUAAGAGUAUUAGUUCUCGUAUUAGGUCUAUUGAAAAGGGCUGUGGUCAACGUUGUAGGCCCGGCCUAUGGAUGGGGAUGGGGGACCCCUCAGUAAUGCAUGCAAUGAUGUGACUUCAAUGUAACAGGGUUCGGCGUACUUCCCUAGGAAAUAUCGUGAUGAGGAAUUAUGAUGACAAUAAUAACAUCAUAUUUUGAGAUCUUUAUUCCAAUCGUCUCCUCUCAGUCUCUUAUGAAUUAAGCUGGUAUGGUCUUUACACUGGACUUUGUAUUUAGUAAUCAAAUUAUAAACAUACAGGUAGACCUAGA